UCUCCAAGAAGCCAUGAAAGGGUGAAAAGAUCUUCCUGGAAACCCUUUCUCAACUUCUCGGAGCCUUCACCAUCCUCCUUUCUUGUUCCACACGAAAUUCUACAAAACAUUAUAAAGAGAUGGAUCCAACAGAGCUAAAACGCGUGUUCCAAAUGUUCGACAAGAACGGUGACGGUUCCAUCACGAAUAAAGAGCUGAGCGAGACGCUGCGGACCCUCGGGAUCUACAUCCCCGACAAGGAGCUGACUCAGAUGAUCGAGAAGAUAGACGUGAACGGCGACGGGUGUGUGGACAUAGACGAGUUUAAGGAGCUUUACAAGACGAUCAUGGAGGGGGAGGACGAAGAAGAAGAGGAUAUGAAGGAAGCGUUCAAUGUGUUUGAUCAAAACGGAGAUGGGUUUAUAACGGUGGAUGAGUUGAAGGCGGUUUUGUCGUCCUUGGGGCUCAAGCAAGGUAAGACGUUGGAUGAUUGUAAGAAGAUGAUUAAGCAAGUGGAUGGGGAUGGUGAUGGUAGAGUUAACUUCAAGGAGUUUAGACAAAUGAUGAAAGGUGGUGGUUUUAGCGCUCUGGGCUAA